AUGUCAAUCGUGUCGCUUUUGGAAGUCAAAGUCCUCAACAACCCAGCGCGGUUUACGGACAAGUACGAAUUUGAGAUCACAUUCGAGUGCCUCGAGCAGCUCGAAAAGGAUCUCGAAUGGAAGCUCACGUACGUGGGCUCGGCCACAUCUGACCAGUAUGACCAAGAGCUGGACUCGCUCCUCGUCGGUCCCAUCCCGGUCGGCGUCAACAAGUUCAUUUUCGAGGCCGAUCCGCCAGACAUGAAGCGCAUCCCGGAUGCGGAGAUCCUGGGCGUCACGGUGAUCCUCCUGACGUGCGCGUACGACGACCGCGAGUUUGUCCGCGUGGGCUACUACGUCAACAACGAGUACGACUCGGACGAACUGAACGCCGAUCCGCCGGCGAAGCCGCUCGUCGACCACAUCCGGCGAAAUGUGCUGGCCGAGAAGCCACGUGUCACCCGGUUUGGCAUCAAGUGGGAUUCGGACGCGUCCGCACCGGCGGAAUUUCCGCCCGAGCAGCCUGAGGCCGACCUGGUGGCAGAUGAGGAGGAGUAUGGUGCAGACGAAGCAGAGGAGGAGGAGGAGGAAGAGGUUCCCACUGCCGGGGAGGCAACAAAGGUGGGCGAGGAUGCUGCCAUGGCUGGUACUGAAGAGGCGGCGGAGAAUGGCGAGGAGGAUGAUAUCUCAGAAGACGGCAGUGUCGACAUUGAGGGCGAGAGCGAAGACGAGAUUGAGGAGGAGGAGGAGGGCGAAGGAGAGGGUGGUGACGAGAUGGAUGUCGACUCUGACAAGCCGGCUGGCGCAGCCGAAGGCCACCACCCGGUCGAGGUUAUGUCUCACUGA